AUGAAUGAAAACAUUGAUCAAACACUGCAUUAUAUUCACAAUAUUCUAUCUGGUUUCUAUCUAAGUUCAUAUUCACCAAAAUAUUAUCCAUCCAUUCUUGAUUUCUAUACACAUUUUCUGUUGCUUGAUUAUAAAAAAUGUUUGAUGUUAUCAUUACCACGAAUGGAACAAUUUCGUUUUUUUCUCACCACCAUCAUUGCAAUCUAUUAUAUGACAUUCAGUAUGAAUAUAAUUCAUUAUACAGAUACUGAACGUUUUUUAUUGGGCGAUUUGACCAUCAUCAUAAUUGGUGAAUCAGACAAUCUCAUACAUAAUUCUGCCCUGUUUGCUUGGUCUGCAUUAACAAUCGGUUGGUUACUUGUUUAUGAUUUAUUUCAUACAAAACGAUCGAAUGCAUAUCGUACAACGAUAAUUUAUAUUAAUGAACAUAGUAAUCGAAAUUUUAAACAAUUUUCCAAUCGUUUCUUUUGUAUUACACAAAUUUUUCAUUAUGAUUUUAUCCAUACACGACCAUUAUGGCAAAUUUUAAUACGUGCAAUAUCCAUACAAAUGAUGUGCAUUGUUUUGAAUUUUUUAUUUUCAUUUUAUUAUUCAACAUUAACAUAUAGUGCAUAUAUUCUAUGGCUUGGAUUGAAAACAAUAAAAAAUAUUCGUAAACAAAUUGACACAUUGCUCAGGAAAUAUCAAUCAAAUGAAAUGGCAACAGAAAAAAUUCUUAAACAAUCAAAUAUUUUUAUCCAAUUACGAUUGUUAAAAUUGUUUCAUGUAUAUACCCGUAUAAUCAUUUCUACUGAACAGAUUGAAUCAUAUGCAUCACGUAUGAUGUUAUGGGCCAUAUUUUUCACUUAUAUUACUAGUCAAUUUACAAUUCAUUUGAUAAAUGAACUGAAAAAUGAUAAUAUUAUCAUCUGGAUUUCGCUAUAUUACAUAUUGUUUCUUGAACAUGUUGUCAUGUUUUUAUUAUCAUACAUGAUUUCUACAUACAAUUAUCGUUUAAAUUCCAUACAAUACGACAUUAGACGUACUGUUAUUGCAUUGAAUCAAAAAUCCAGUAAUCGUUUUAAAAUCAAAAUGAUGAUCAUCUAUUAUUAUUUGGUCAAUCUGAAAACGUUUGGCAUAAAAAUCGGACCAAUUACGGUGUUGAAUAAAAUUAUUUUCGUCAAAAUUAUCAUCUAUUAUGCUCGUGUGACAAUGCUUUGGCAGAAAUUAUUUGGCCAUUAAUAAUUAACAAACGACGAC